GCCCUUUUUGCAUUCUCCAGCUCACGAGCGAGUUGCCCAUUCAAAACCUCCAGGGAGACAGCCCUGGCAGAGGGGGCUCACGAUUUAAAGCUUCAUAAAAUCUUUGGGUCAGCCUCGACUCCAAACCAGGGAUCCUGCAGUCAAGAUGCCCGUUGCUGUAGCCGCAAAAGCCGGCGUCAUCGUCGCCUCGGUAGCGGUGGCCGCCGCUAUCGCCAUCUACGAGAGCCCCGAUCUUCAGCGUGUGGCAAAUGACCUUCGACGACGUAUCGCCCUGGCCCUCCAAUCCCUCGGCGACGGAAUUAGACCUGAGGGCUCCGACGGCGAGCCUCUUUUCAAUAGACCCGAAGAUGCCCAGGGCUUCCUCCAAACCGAGGUCGAUGCCGACGAUGAGAGUCGUCGGAGACAGCGCGAGGAGUUGAUGUACUGGAAUGCCGUGAAGCUUUCCAAGGAGCUGGAACAGCAGACCGCCGAGAACGAAAAACGGAAGAGCCUCGGCUCUCCGACGAGCUUUGACGAUUUCCUGACCGAGGACAAGGAUGCCGACGAGAAGGGAUCCUACGUCUUCAACACCGGGACCGACGUCCGAAAUAACGAUGAUGGCUUGGUUCGACGCCGAGUUACCGAGGGCGGUGUUCGCGGCCUGAGCCCUUCCAUGUACGCCAAUCCAUUCGCGGACGAGCACGGAAUCGAUUACGAUGAACAGAUGGAGCAAGACCACAUCUUGUCAGAGAAGGAAGAUGUCAUGUCUCAGGAUAUCUACAACGCCACGCCACAAAUAACACCUGCCUCCCUAGCGUCUCGUACCAUGAGCCCUGAAACCCUGCCUGAGCUGAUCUCCGUCGACCCUAUGCCUAUCCCUUCCGACAAUGGAAAUUUCGCCCAGUCACGAUCCGUUCCACAGUCCGAGACCACUUCCGAACUACCCGCGGACGAGUACAUGACUGCGGGCCAGGACCACGACGAGGAGGAGCCACAGGCCGCUUAUGCCUCGAUCCAGGCUUGGGCUCAGCAACAACAGCCCGGCCUUGACUUCUACUCACCUCUUCCCGUAACGCCCAACGCGCCUCUGAGCGAGAUGUCUGAUGGCGAGCUGAUCAGUGAUGGGCAGCUGACGCCUACCGACUCUGCCUCCGUUGCCGAGUCCGGCGUGGAUGUCGCACACGAAGUCGCCUCGCAGGAUGGGUCUUCGAAAUACUACGAUAUCAUGAGCGAGGAUGAGGAUGGUAUCGCGACUCCUGCGCACAGCUGGACGGAGGUUGGCAGCGUCGUCAGUGAGAGCGAGGAUGGACAUCAAAACGCUCAGCACGCGUAGAAGAUAACACAUUUUGUACUUGGUCUACACCGCUUGAACAGGCUCUCGAUGGAUUGGGUUUCGUUUGUUUUCCUGGAGUAAAGGGCUGUUUUUAUAUAAUGGUGAACUGGGAGGGGCGAGGGAUCUUCUAGUUUCGGUUUGUUCGGCGUUGAGGAGAAAAUGAAUUGGCGUACAAUUUUAUGCCAACUGGAGGUUCACUAUCAAAAUGUCCAUGAUGAGUGAUAAAGAUGAUGUUAACUAUGGCCAUCUCACAACGCCCCCGCCCAUGAUGGUGUCUAAAACUAUCGACAAAGAGAUCUUGUAUGCAUUGCUCAAUCAUAACCUUGGAAACCCUUGAUAGCCCU